AUACCGGUAGACUAUAGCCAUUUAUGACGGCUGUAACUAUAGCCUGCUGUAGCUGUAUUAACCGGCACAUGGGGCAUUUCAGAUAGCAGCACCAAGCAACCUUUUUUUUUGUUGUCAUUGCAAGCAACGCAGCUGGCAACUUCUUCAACUUUGUGUUGCAGCCUUUUAGGCUGACCAGAACUGGCACAACUUUCGGCUGUCAGCCAAUCAGCGUUCAGGGCUUGAACCACCCAGUUUAUAAUAUGAUGUAAUGUAUCAUCAUGGGUAGCAUGUGUGCAUGCUAUGUACUUAAAUAUUUAUAUUAGAAAUGUAUUUAGAUUUGUAAAGAGGUGCAGACCCGUUGUCAUUAAAUAAUUUGCAUUUGUAAAGCCCAGCAAAAAUACUUAAGUGAUUUAAAUUAAUUUAGGGGCCUGAGGGGAGGCUUUGUUACUGAAAUCCACAUCGCCAUCCAUAUAAUGAACCUUACCCUUUAGAGUGAAAUUAAGUCAUCAGCAGGCUACUGACAUCUGAAUGAAGUGGGGCAAGCAGCGACCCCACAGACCCGUUGUACCAAUCGGUAAGGCUGUACAGCAUAGAUGGGUUAGCUGACAACGUCACGAAAACGAUGUGCGCGCUUCCAUGUGGCGUGUUGUUGUGAUUCUGGAUGGCCAGAUUGCUAGCAAAACUGGCAAGAAACUGUCAUGUGGGGAAUCGGAAGUGGCUCGUUUCAUCUUGUUCUUUAUACCAUCUCUUGUUUUGAGGUGUUUUGAUUGAUUUCAUGUCAAUGCUAAUAUGGCUCAAAUUCGCUAGCUAGCUAACCAACAACUGUAACGAUGUAUUUGAGAGACAACAACUGCAAAUUGAUUUAUGUUUUCAACAAAUAUUGUAAACGAAAUAUAGUUUACAUGUUGUCAACAAAAGCCAACCACGUCAGUUUUGCCCCAUAGUUGCGCACGUGUCGGUUUUGUUGCUAAAUAGCCAACCCGUCUAUGGAGCCAAUGCGUUCCCAGGAUAGACACAUAGGAUUAGCCUUCUAAUCUUAUAACAAAGCACCUGCUUCACACACUGUCCGUGACCACAAGGUUGACUGGUCACUAAGGUCCAUGCAUUCCAACUGCAAAGGACUCUGGGAGAGUUGCAGAGAACCCAGUUUCAAUCAGGAGCAACUGUAGCUGCUGUGAGGUAUCCAUGGGGACCAGGAGGGUGCUGGUGACAGGCUGUUCCUCUGGGAUCGGGAUGGCUGUGGCUGUACGACUGGCCAAGGAGAAGGGAUUCAAAGUGGUUGCCACCAUGAGGGACCUAGAGAAGCGGAAACCCCUGGAGAGAGUGGCUGGGGACACCCUGAACAGAUCCCUGGAGAUCAGACAGCUGGAUGCCUGCUGUGAAGACUCAAUCAGAGAGUGUGUGGACAGCCUGCAAGACAGACGGGUGGAUUAUCUGUCUCCCUCAGUGAGUAACGCAGGUGUAGGCAUGAUUGGGCCGUUGGAGUGCCAAAGUAUGUCUGACAUGCAGGGGCUCUUCGACACCAACUUCUUUGGCUUGGUGCGGCUGGUGAAGGAGGUCCUGCCUCUGUCCAUCUGUCCUUCCACUCUGAGGAUGACUCUAGUGGAGCCUGGUCCGGUGGGGACAGAGUUUGAGAGGAAGGUGUACGAGGACGCUGAGAAGAUGGACCUCGCGGGGGCAGACGAGGAGACUGCUAGGAUCUUCCGUGAGAUCUACCUGCCCUACUCUAGGAAGGUGUUCAACUCUCUCGCACAGACACCCGAGGAAAUAGCAGAGCAAACACUUCAACUGAUCACAGCGAAGGAGCCUCCCUUUCGCCACCAGACCAACCGUGUGUACAUGCCCAUGACUGCCCUGAAGCACGCAGACCCUACCGGUCGUCUACCCCUAGACACCUUCUAUAAGCUGCUAUUCAAGCACGACACUCUAUUCACUGCCAGUCUGGGGCUGCUGCACAUGUUGCAGAAGAGGACGGGAAAGAGCUCCAAAUGAGCAGAAGGUUGGAGAGACAGAGUGAAUAACCUGGUGAGGAGAGAUAGGGGGAUAGAGAGAGCAGAAGGUUGGAGAGACAGAGUGAAUAACCUGGUGAGGAGAGAUAGGGGGAUAGAGAGAGCAGAAGGUUGGAGAGACAGAGUGAAUAACCUGGUGAGGAGAGAUGGGGGGAUAGAGAGAGCAGAAGGUUGGAGAGACAGAGUGAAUAACCUGAUGAGGAGAGAUAGGGGGAUAGAGAGAGCAGAAGGUUGGAGAGACAGAGUGAAUAACCUGGUGAGGAGAGAUGGGGGGAUAGAGAGAGCAGAAGGUUGGAGAGACAGAGUGAAUAACCUGGUGAGGAGAGAUAGGGGGAUAGAGAGAGCAGAAGGCGUGAGUCAUUGAGUGACUCUAGUCUGCAGUGCACAAGCCCCCUUCUCUUCUCUGCUAGUCAUGUUUGUGUAUAGAAACAACAAAAGAGUACUGUUGAGACCUUCCUGAUAGAUCCUUAGUAAAAGACGCACGCCUCAGACCAACACCCUUCCUUAUGAACAUUCAUAACCACUCCUUAAACAAAGAUGAGACUUUGACAAGUUAAGGACGGAUGUUUGUGGGCCUCUAAUCAAACCCAGUAACCUAGCUGUACGGACUAAGGGCUCAGUGUGUCUCAGACCAAUCUGGACUCCUUCAACUGUUCCUUCAGCUUUUAGAGGAUAUUAGUGCGUUACUACUGUAUUUUAACAGAAGGUUUAUGGUAAGACUGGCAACACUUCAAUAAAACGAGGCAAAACUUUUUUCCCUUCAA